UCCCCUUGGUGCUGUGGAGGGAGCAGGCUCAGAGCCUCAGAACUCUGCCUCUUCUUUACCUUUUAUUUUUAAGGAUCCAGCUUUCCUCCUCUGUGAGAAGCCAGAGCCCAAAGCUUCAUUCCUGGGAGAGAGUGCCCUCUAGUGUCGGGAGAGUGAAAGCCAGAGGAGGCAGCUGCUGGCCAAGGAGGGCAGGGCCAAAGCCAAGUCUGAAAGGGAGGAGCUGUCAGCCAAUGAGGGGUGAGCAACCUGCAACCUGCACCCUGACCUGCACGGGAUUCCCAGGGCUGUGGUCCACAUUGCUCUAAUUUGUGUCCUGGGACCACAUGAGGAUGCUGCUGUUGCUUCUUUUCUUUUCAGCUCUGGGUCUCAGUGCCUGGGGGGAUUCUCCUUGGUUCUCCUGGAAUGAAACCCAAGCCAGAGGAGUGUCGGAGCAGCUUCUGGACCUGUUUGUCAGCAUCUCGCAGUUCAUUCAAAAGGGUCGCAAUGGUACCCCCACCAUUGUCUCCCGCAAGGAGUGGGGGGCACAAUCACUGACCUGCAGGGCCCUGCUGACCCCACCCGUGGCCUAUGUCAUCUCGGACCAGCUCAUGGGGAUGGAGUGCCAGGAGCAGAAUGUUUGCAGCCAGAAGCUGCGGGACCUUCAGUCCCAUUCCAUCAACACCAAAGGCUGGUGUGAUGUGGCCUACAACUUCCUGGUUGGGGACGAUGGCAGGGUGUAUGAAGGUGUUGGCUGGAACGUCCAAGGUCUGCACACUCAGGGCUACAACAGCAUCUCGCUGGGCCUUGCCUUCUUUGGCACCAAGGAAGGCAGCAGUCCCAGCCCAGCUGCCUUAUCAGCUGCAGAGGACCUGAUCUUCUACGCCAUCCGGAAAGGUCACCUGUCACCCAGGUAUAUUCAGCCACUUCUCUUGGAAGAAGAGGUGUGCCCAGCCCAUAAGCAGCCAGUGCCCAGGAAAGCUUGCCCCAGCAUCAUCAUGCGGUCAUCUUGGGAAGCCAGAGAGACAUACUGCCCUAAAAUGAACAUCCCAGCCAAAUAUGUCAUCAUCAUCCACACUGCUGGGGCAACUUGCCACACACCCAUGGACUGCCAGGCUCGAGUCCGAGACACACAGUCCUACCACAUGGACAAACUGAACUUCUGUGACAUUGGAUAUCAUUUCCUGGUGGGUCAGGAUGGUGGUGUGUAUGAAGGAGUUGGCUGGCAUAUCCAAGGCUCUCACACCUAUGGAUACAAUGAUAUUGCCCUAGGAAUUGCCUUCAUGGGCAACUUUGUAGAAAAGCCACCAAAUGCUGCAGCGUUGGAGGCAGCCCAGAGCCUGAUCCAGUGUGCAGUGGACAAGGGGUACCUGAUUCCCAACUACCUUUUGGUGGGGCACAGUGAUAUUGUCAACCUUCUGUCUCCUGGGAAGGCUUUGUAUGACAUCAUCAGUACCUGGCCCCACUUCAAACAGAGAGGAGGCACCAGCUCCUUUUGAGACUGCACUCGCCACCCACCUGGCUGCUGGACCUCCCCUGUUCUCACUCUGUAGCCUGGCUCAACACCUCAUGUCCACUCCCUGUCAACCCCAUCCUAUCCCUCCUGUGAUCCUAUCUCUCCUUUUAUCAUCCUCCAGUGGCCCCCAAUCCCUGUAGAGGCAUGCCAGCCCUCUGAGUCUGGGCCCAGCCUUCCCUUCUCAUUCUCUUCUCCCCUGGUUGCCCACCUCUUUAGCCCAGUGACACAAUGGCUGGACCUUGGUUGACUUCUUGCUUUUUUGUAUGCACCCCUUUGCCUGCACAUCUUCCUUGCUGUCUGGGUGGCAACCCUGAGCCUCACACGAGACCUGGGUCAAUUCUCCCACCCCUUCUGCCUGCUCACACACUGACUUGUCCACACAUGGAUGCAACCCUUAUUCAGGACUUGCUUCUAGACAUGUGUGUCUCCACUAGAUUGUAAGGUGGUAUGGUUUUACUCACCUCUGUGUCCCCAGUCCUUCAGUAUUGUCUAGAAUCCAGUAGAUGCUGCAGUUAUUUGUGGAAGAACUGGAUGAAUAAAUGAAUGAGUUAUCCAAGUCUCCAUUUCCUUUUAGAUUUGUUCAUCAUCCC